UUUUUUUUUUUUUCAAUAAAAAAUGAUGUUUAAAUUUGCAAAUUUGUUUAUUGAAGUGAAGAAAUUCCUGAUUCAAGUCUCAAUAUGGUGGUAACAUUCAGUCUUCUUCUUUGUUAUAUGGUUGAAUUGAAGAAGCUAAGGGAGAGAUUUAUCAUUUCUCUUAACUUUAGCUUGCAUUACUCUUUGCUAAGAAAUAGUAGUUUUUUUAAUGUAAGAAUUAUUUAAAUAAAUAAAGCAGUAAGUAAUGUGGCUGGGUUUUCAAAAACUAGAGUUUCUUUUUUCCUUUCACUAGUUUUUCUCGAUUUUUCUCUGUUUUGGAUGGACUUGAAUUCUGUUAAGUAAAACUAGGAAUAUCUAAUAAUAUUGUUGUUCAAUGAGUCGAGAUAUAUAUUGUUGAUUGCCGUUAUUUUAAGGAUUUGGUUGUAUGCUCCUUUUCUUUGUGAUACUUGGUGGUGUUCAGUAAUAGAUCUUUGUGCCAUUGGAAGCGAAGAGAUGAUGAUUAUACUAUAACUAACUUCUUCUUGUUGAGUCCAACUUGUACAAGGCUAAGCAAUUCUCUCAACUUGUAUAUAUUGAACUCACCAAGUUAGUGUGAUGAAUGUUUUCAUUUUUAGACAAGUUUCGCCGUCACCACAUAGCAAGCAUUCUCAGCGCAGGCAUUCUCCCUAUUCUUCUCUUGAUACUACCAGUAGCAGGGGAAGGAGGUCAAGAUCCAGAUCACCUGUGUGCCGGCAUAGAUGAUUAGAUCAAAGAAUCUCUUGGGUUGCUUUGUUUUGGAGGAACUCAGGAAAUCUGAUUUUCCCUAAACAGAGACUACUUCAAAUCUGCUCUACACUGCAGGCAGUUGAGUAGUGUACUUAAUGACUUGCUCCAAUGCCAAGUAGGUGAAUGCUUAGGAGAAAAGUUAUGGUCCUGUGCAACAACAUAGGAUGAUGGCAUGUCUAAGAUGUGCCGGCAUUAUAUCGUCUUUCAAAAUAUCUCUUCCUUUUCUGUUUUUUUUUAUAGUCUUUCAAAAUACCCAUAGUUGUAAUCCUCCCAGCUUUCACAGCCGGAGGCUUGUACAUUUUGUAGCUAUCACUUGCUUUUAUAUUUUAUGCAAUUAUACAGUGCAGUAGCAGUCCUAGACUCCUAGGACUGUUCUGAUUUUGGCUUUGUUUGAGGAUACUGUGUAUAAAUCUUUUUUUAUAAAGUAUUUUAUCUAAA